AUGGAGGACACUUACAACCACAGGACUUCCCUGGUUAAAGGAGCCAAAGGCAUGGUCAAGGAGGCCAAGCGACACGCCACAAAGAAAGUCAACAAAGUGGUGGACCGCGCCACAGACGAGUACUCAUCUCAUCAAAACUACAAACGCUUCCAGGACGACGAAGAUGAAGAUGAGGAUUUCUACCGGGGUUCACAGGCGCAAGAUGGGCAAAGCUACAACGAAAAUGAAGGGGGUUCUAGUGACGCCACCGAGGGUCACGAUGACGAGGAUGAGAUCUAUGAGGGUGAAUACCAGGGUAUUCCGUCAGCAGGGGACUCAAAGCAGAAGAAGAGCCAGGUGGCGCUGGGGCAACCGGUGUCAGACGCCACGAGGGAUCGUAGUGAUCUGGAGCAGGAGCGACAGGCAGAUGAGGAGGAGCUGGCCCAGCAGUACGAGCUGAUCAUCCAGGAGUGUGGGCACGGGAGGUUCCAGUGGCAGCUGUUCCUGGUUCUCGGGCUGGCACUGAUGUCAGACGGCGUCGAGGUGUUUGUGGUGGGAUUUGUGCUACCCAGCGCGGAGACAGACAUGUGUGUGCCCGACUCAAGCUCAGGAUGGCUCGGCAGCAUUGUUUACCUGGGAAUGAUGUUUGGAGCAUUCUUCUGGGGAGGAAUGUCUGACAAGCUGGGACGCAGACAGAUCCUCCUCAUCUGCAUGUCCACCAAUGGCUUUUUUGCCUUCCUGUCGUCGUUUGUCCAGGGAUAUGGUUUAUUCCUUCUCUGCCGUCUUGUUGCAGGUUUUGGGAUAGGAGGUGCUGUUCCCAUAGUUUUUUCUUUCUUUGCUGAGGUGUUGUCCCGGGAAAAAAGAGGAGAGCAUCUCAGCUGGCUGUGCAUGUUCUGGAUGAUCGGGGAGAUCUAUGCAUCCGCAAUGGCCUGGGCCAUUAUACCCCACUAUGGUUGGAGCUUCAGCAUGGGCUCAGCGUAUCAGUUUCACAGCUGGAGGGUGUUUGUGGUGGUGUGUGCCUUGCCUUGCGUUGGUGCCGUGGUGGCUCUUACCUUCAUGCCAGAGAGUCCCAGGUUCUACCUGGAGGUUGGGAAACACGAUGAAGCCUGGAUGAUCCUCAAACAGAUCCAUGACACCAACAUGAGAGCGCGUGGGCAGCCGGAGAAAGUCUUCUCUGUGAACAGGAUCAAAACCCCAAGACAGCUGGAUGAGCUGGUGGAAAUGGAUUCAGAAUCUAGAAAUCCAGUUUCCAAGCUCUACUUCAGGUUAAAGGCUGAGAUCCAUGGGAUCUAUCUAAACCUAAAGAAGUGCUUUAACUACCCCAUGCAAGAGAACAUGAUGCGGCUGGCCGUGGUGUGGUUCACACUCUCGUUUGGAUAUUAUGGUCUGUCCGUCUGGUUCCCGGAUGUCAUCAAGCACCUGCAGGCCGACGAAUACGCGUCCAAAGUGAAGAUCCACAACAACGAACGCAUUGAGAGCUUCACCUUCAACUUCACGCUGGAGAACCAGAUCCACAAGAACGGCCUCUUCAUUAAUGACCAAUUCAUCAAUAUGAAGCUGAAGUCGGUCACUUUUGUUGACUCCACCUUUCGGAACUGCUACUUUGACGACGUCACGUCGGUGGGCUCUUAUUUCCGGAACUGUACGUUCAUCGAUGCGUAUUUCUACAACACAGAUAUUGAUGACUCCAAGUUGAUCGAUGGCACAGAGGUGAUCAACAGCACUUUCACUCACAACAAGAUAGGAUGUCAGAUGACAUUUGAUGACGACUACAGCGCCUACUGGGUGUAUUUCAUCAAUUUCCUGGGGACGCUGGCUGUUCUGCCCGGCAACAUCGUCUCUGCCCUUCUCAUGGACAAAAUUGGACGUCUGUCCAUGUUGGGUGGUUCCAUGAUCCUCUCGGGCAUCAGCUGUUUCUUCUUGUGGUUUGGCACCAGCGAGUCCAUGAUGAUUUUCAUGCUGUGCCUUUACAACGGCCUGAGCAUCUCAGCCUGGAACUCCCUGGAUGUGGUCACUACAGAGUCCUUCCCGACUGUCAGGAGGGGGACAGGUUUCGGGUUCUGUAACGCUCUUUGCAAGCUGGCUGCGGUGUUGGGGAACCUGAUUUUCGGCUCUCUGGUUGGCAUCACCAAAGCCAUCCCUAUCCUCAUGGCGUCGUCCGUGCUCGUUGGUGGAGGCCUGGUUGGACUUCGACUGCCUGACACCCGUGCGAAUGUUCUCAUGUAACACCGCUAUUCUUUUUGUCAUUGGAAAGUCCUGGAAACGUUUUUGGAACAUGUUCUACAAGCGAUUUAUUUAAAUUUUCCCACUAAAAAUCCAGUUUUGUUAGAAUUUGAUGCACUAAUACAGAUUGUCAAGCUACUACUAGCUCAGCCGGAAUUAUUUGGAAAUUUGUGGAAAGAAAAAAUCUUGAUUCCUUAAACUUCCGUUGGAGUUUUCCUUAAGUGAUUUCCGUCAUAACUGUGCUCCGAGACACCGCAGGCUUGAAGCUUAAAGCUUUUUAAUAUUGAUACAGUCUUAUUAAGACAAGCCAGAUGGAGAGAAAAGGGAAAAACAAGCUGUAAUGAGCACAACCAGCCUGCUGUGUGACAACGCAGGGAAUAGAUGAUCAGACGGAGCAGACUCAUUGACAGCUGGCUUACCCACAAGACCCAUAUGCAGAAUACGGGACAUGUUUGCUAAAGGUUAUCUAAACGAAACACAAACAUGCUGCCAUACACUAACAUGUGACCCCAUCAGUGUAUCGUCGAUACAUGCUGCUGCAUUUGAGAGAAGUCACUUACUUUCCCACACAACCAUGACUCAAUAUAAAAGUAAAAAGUAAAAGUAUGCAAUAUAAAAUCUGGGGAUGCUCCCUUCAUUUCCUCUUGUGUUGUUGUGAAAGCCUGUGGUGAACGGGUCAUUUUGUCUUGUGUUGGUUGGUGGGACUAAAGUUCUGUCCUGAACUGCCCCUCUCGGGUUUAGCCUUGUGUCGGAUCCUGCUUUUUGGCCCUGAUGUUUCCUGCUGCUUCCCUUUGAUAAUACUGAACAGCCUUUUUUUAAUGUGCCUCUCCUUGACUGGAGCCGUCUGCUGUUAGUUGUGUGCUGUACAAAGGAACAAACAGGAUUUAAACAGACAUAUUUUUAACAGAUAAAAAAAAACAGUGAGGUGUACACACAGAUAUAUCUAUACAUAUGAGUUUAUAUAUAGGUGAGAUUACUCUUCAACUAAAAAGUUUCAAUUUUUUUUGCUUUGUCUUUUUAUUUUCUACAUGAGAUGUUUUAAAUAUUUUACUUCCAUCGGUUUGUUUUUCUUAUAAAUACUUUAAUUGUUGCUCUUUUUUUUUCAUCUGUAGGGUCAUUUUUUUAAUUCUUAUAAAGCAACAAAUAUCUAAAAAUCCAAAUUAUUUAUAAUUUGAAAUGUAUGCAUGACCAUAUUUUCACUGUCAGUCAUUUUGUUCCAUUUUCUUCAGUUUUUGUGCUGUUAUUGUGGUUCUAUAAUUUCUCAUUGGUUUCCAACUCACUCUCACGCAGCGAAUGCAAAAUACUAAAAAUUGUCAUUAAUUUGAAUUUUUUCUGAUAUUUUUGUAAAAUGGCAUGACAACUCAUUGUGAAGGUUAGUGCAGCUAAAUAGAUUAAUCUUUAUUUUUGAGCUUAUAAUUCAAAUACCUGCAAAAUAAAGUAUAUAGACACAAUAAAAGACUUAUUACAAGCCCUGAUAACAAGGAUAUGAGAAAAGCUGAACAGAUUUCGAAUUCUUUGGCCAUUUAACUAAAAACUCUUCACAUGUUUUUGACUUUUUUUUCUGUAAAUCUUUAUUUAUAUAGUCUAAAAGUGCAUCUGUGUGUGUUAAAGGCAAUUAAAGGAGUAUUUUUUGUGGGGCCUCCAUAUGGAUGCAUGAAUGUAAAUAUAAUGUACAUAUCAAAGCCAAUAUCAGUAACACUCUGGGUUAAAUGUGUGCAAACUUUAUGACUGACUCGUGUGUCGUUUGCUUUGUCCGAGCGAUAACUCCACGUACUGUAACUCUGUUUUACAGCUUAGUGUGUCCUUUGCAUUCACCUGUUUUUGUGUGUGUUUGCCAACUUGCAUGUGUGUAACAAAACCUCACAUUUUUGUGCUUAAUUUUAAGUACUAAUCGUCCUAAAAGAAAAAAAUGGCAAUAGUGGGUUUUAUGGUGAAGAAAAAAUGUGAAUGUAUUAUUCUUGUACUUUUUGUUUCUUUAUAUUUUGGAGGUAGUCAAAUGUGAGUUAAUAGUAUACUUGUGAAUAUCAUUGUGAACGGCUUGCCACUGAGCGAUGCAGUCAAAAAAAGAUCCAUGAGUGUGAAAAUCUGUGAAAAAAAAAUUGCCAAAUAACACCCUGUGAAUGAUGUUAAACACCGGAAAGACAGGGAUCGCAGGCUGUGCUGCUUUUGAACACAAAUAAUAAUAAUAAAAAAAUGUUCCAAAG